CGACGAAAUUGUUUGAGAUGGACCAGAGUCGGAAACGGUCAGAAAAUCUUGCGUCGUCAUCUUUUCACGGCGCGAGGGUUUUUGUCUUGCCCGCCGGCCGAAGGACGACAACGCCAGCGACGACGAGGAGGCCGAGGGCGGCAGGGGCGGCGCUGACAGGCGGGAGCCCGCGCCCAAACUGGUGAUCAGCCUCUGCAAGGUGUUCCCAGAGCUCAACGGCACCUACGAGCUCGACCGGGACAUGACCAGCUACGGCCGCCCCACCUACAGGCUGGCCGGCAACCCGGAGUCGGAGGUGCUCAUUCACUACAAGAGCUCCUACGGCUGGAGGAUAAGCUAUGGGCUGCACGCGGAUCCGGUCGCCUACAAGGCUGGCGAGUCCCGCCAGCCACCGCGCAAGGGAUGGUUGGUGUUCAACAACAACGUUAGGCAGCCAGACCCGCUGACACUUGCACCUCCCAGUGCCCUCAGAAGCGAGCGCGCGAACAUCCGAUCUGUGGAGGAGGCAGUGACCGCGCUGAAUCAGAUCGACCUGAAGAUGCUGCAGGGGAUGGUGACGCACAGCAGCCCAGACGUCGUGGAAUACUUCAGCCACUUUUGCGUGCUCAUGCACCUCGAGUACCUCGCCGAGGUUUGCUCAAUCCGCAAGCGGCGCCUGAAAACUUCUCAGGAGCAGCUUGUGAGGACAGGCUGGGCACUGACAGGGCUGCCAGUCAAAGCUACGUUUGGCCGCCGCGAGGGUGCCGGCCCAGGCGGCGAAGGGAAGGGUGGCAGAAAGAUGUUGCCUGGCUGGCAGGAUAAGGGAUUGGAGAUGGUAGCGUUUGUCACGCCAGUCAACUUCGACGCGGAGCGCUGCCGGAUGGCCCGUGGCGACUGCGUGACCGUCUCGGAGACGAACCCGUUGCUGGACAGGGUCGGCGAGGGGUCCGUGUCAGACGUGAAGCCGGGCGCCAUCGUCGUGCAACUGUCCUGCAAGAUGCCCGAGGGUCGGGGCAAGACGUGGCGCCUGGACAAGUCCAGCAACAACGUGGUGUACGAGCGGCAGAUGACCGCCCUGAUCGAGCUGGCCACCACGAAGGCCAUGCCGCCCUGCUGCGAGGUGCUGGUGGCCGCCGGCGUGGGCGAGGUGGACAGCUGGGUCGAGGAGAUGCGCAGUCGUCGCCCGGGCCAGGCUGCUGGCGGCGCGCGGCGCGACCGCAGCCGCAGCGCCUCGCCCAAGGCCAAGGCCGCACAGCUGGCAGCGGCGCUGCCGCCACGCAGCGACGAGGCGAAGAUGGAGAAGGCCAAGGCCGAGAUAGCGGGGCUGAACCUGAACCGGUCGCAGCGUGAGGCAGUACAGGCGGCGGUCAACCGCACGUGCACCAUCAUCCAGGGCCCCCCUGGAACUGGGAAGACGCACGUGUCGGUGCAGGUCUUGCGAAUCUGGUCGAAGUCCUUGGGCAUGAGCCCGCUGCUGGCGGCCUCCGACAGCAACAUCGCCGUGGACAACAUCGCCGCUGGUCUCCACGGCGUGGGCGUCUCGGCCGUGCGCCUGGGGCGCCCAGAGAAGGUGCGGGGUGUCCUAGAGGAGAUCACGCUCGAGGCCAAGGUCUGGAAGGCCAAGGAGCUGAAGGCCCUGGAGGAGGCCGCCAAGGAGGCGAAGAGCCGGGACGAGCAGGCGAGCCGGGACGAGCAGCGGGACCGGAGCCGCCAGCGGGCCCGCGCGAGCGGCCGGAGGAGGCCCUCUGGCGGGGCGAGCCGGAGCGGCAGCAGCAGCGGCAGCUACUCCCGCAGCGGCAGCAGCCGCAGCGGCCGCAGCCGCGGCGGCCGCAGCGGGCCGAGGAGAGGCUCUGCCAGGCCCGCGGCGGCGGCCACCUCCGGGGCAGCGCCGUGUGGCAAGGGCGGCCAGAAGGGCAAGGGCAAGGGCAAGGGCAAGGGCAAAGGCAAGUCCCUCGAGGGCGUGGACCUGGAGAUGGAGCACGAGCAGCGCCGCCAGGCCAAGCGCGACAACUUCGAGCUCCAGAUGAAGAUCAUCAGGGAGGCGGAAGUCGUCUGCACCACGACGAUCAGCGCCGGCGGGGAGUUCCUGAACAGGAUCAACUUCGCAGGCAUUCUGGUCGACGAGGUCGCCCAGGCCACUGAGCUGUCCGUCGUGGUGCCCGUGGUGCUGCGCGGCGGCGCGGCCCUCCGCCGGCUCGUGCUCGUCGGCGACCACUGCCAGCUGCCUCCUGGCAUCGCCUCGAAGGAGGCGGAGAUGAGGGGCCUCUCCCUCUCCAUCUACAGCCGGCUGCAGCGCGCGGGCGUCGAGCCGGCGUUCCUGGAUACGCAGUACCGCAGCAACCCAAAGAUCAUGGAGUUCUCGUCCGAGGAGUUCUACAACGGCGAGCUUAAGAGCGGCAUCGACGCAAAGGACCGCAAGAUACCGGAAGGCAUCAACUGGCCCAACCCCCAGGUGCCGGUGGCAUUCGUGGAGGUGUCGGAGGAGGAGCAGACCGAGGGCGAUUCCAAGCUCAAUUCGGCUGAGGCCGAGCAGGUCAUGAGGGUCGUGCACCAGGCGAUGGACGCGGGAGGGCUGCAGAUUGGCGACAUCGGGGUGGUGACGCCAUAUGCGGCACAGGUCCGCGUCCUCCGGAGGAUGCUGCGCCCGCUGCUGCCCCCCGGCACCGACCCCCGGAACUUGGAGGUCGCGUCCGUGGACGCCUUCCAGGGCCGUGAGAAGGAACUUAUGAUCUUCAGCGCGGUGCGGUGCAACCAGCGCGGCACCCUCGGCUUCCUGGGCGACUGGCGCCGCCUGAACGUGAUGCUCACCCGCGCCCGCCGCGGGAUCGUGGUCUUCGGCUCCUCCCAGACCCUGCGGCACGACCCGGUCUGGCAGCGGUGGAUCGCGUGGUGCGAGCGGAACGGUGCCGUGCACGGGGGCGCCCGCGGCCUCGCCGGCCUGGGCGACGCCGCCGGGGCGGGGGCGCCGCGCGCCGCCGAGGCGAACCCCGCCCGGGGGGGCGGGCUCACCGACAGCCGGUCGCUGGCCAAGGCACGGCGGCCGUCGAGCUCCAGCUCCUCGUCCGCGUCGGGGUCCCGUGCCUCCGGGCGCGCGAGGCGCAGGAGCCGCUCGCGGAGGAGGCCGCGGAGCAGGUCGCCGCCGAGCGGGGCGCCGAGCGCUCGCGCCGCACACGGCGGCGCCAUCCCCGACUUCGCGCCCCCGGUGCUGCCGGCCGCUCCGCCGAUGCGCCCCAUGCUCGCGCCGCCGAUGGGCGGUAAGGGGCCCGCUGCAGCGGUGGCGCCGGCCGGCGGCAAGGGGCCCGUGGCGGCCGCAGGGGCGCCGGGCGGCGCGAAGUGCGCGGGGGGGAAGGGCGGCGGGCUGCAGGGCGCGCUGUACAAGACGCGCAUGUGCGCCCACCUGGCCCGCACCGGCGGGUGCCCGAGGGGCCCCACCUGCGCCUUCGCGCACAGCGAGGCGGAGCUGCGGCCGCUGCCGAGCGGGCCUCCUCAGUGGAGCGGCUCCUGGGGCACGCCCGAGGAGGCUGACCCCUGGCUGCAGGGGGACCCGUGGAGCGACGCGGCAGGGAACAAGAACGCCAGCUGGUGGAACUCGUGGAGAGAAUGGUGGGGCUCAGCCAGCUGGUGGACCAGCUCUCAGGCGAAUGAAGACCCAGAUCACUGGUGGACCAGCUCACCCGCAGACGAGGGCGAGGUCUGGGUCACCAUCCAGAGGCCGCGGCAGCCGCCGCUCCCCCACGCGCUGAUGCGCGGAGCGGCCGGGAGCGAUCCCGCCACGGCGCAGGAGCCGACCUCAGCGGACACGUCGAGACCGCGCGAGGCCCCUCCGUCGGCACCUGCGCCGGCGACGCCGCCAGCACAGCCACCCGCGGCGGCGAUGGCUCCUGCGCAGCCGACCCAGCCACUCGCAGCAGCGAUGGAGCUGACGGUCGGGACGACGCAGGCACCGCCACCGCCACGGCCGUGGGCACCCACCGACGGAGGAUCAUCGUCUACGUGGCGUCCGUCGGACACGCAGGGCCCGCAGCCGUGGGGAGGAUUCGAGCAUCUCGAGACCUACGUGGUGGCCCUGCGGCGAUGGAGCAGCAGGACGGGCCUGCCGGCCGAGCAGCAGGCGGGCAAGGUCAUCGACGGCCUGCCCGUGGACAUGCAGGAGAGGCUCCUGUACUACGCGGAGGAGCUCGACGCCCCCGGAGGCAUCGAGGUCCUCAUCGACUUCCUGAAGAGGUGCCGGGGCGACCAGGACGGCGACGAGGCCAAGGAGAGCUUCAGGCUGGCCCUCGAGGACACCGAGAUGAGAGCGGGGGAGUCGUUCACCCAGUACGUGAUGCGCCGGGACCUGCAGGUGAAGUCGGCGAAGAGAUACGGCCUCGAGCUCCCAGAGCAGGUUCAGGUGCAGCAGCUGAGGAGUGGAGCGAACUUGAGCGAACAGAAUGCGAUCAACCUGCUCUCGAUCACCCAGGGCCGCGAGGAUCUGGAGUCGAUCAAGCAGGGCCUACAGAAGAUGGACGUGAAAAAGAGGAGCAGUCAGAAAAAGUCGAGGGUGUACGCGGUCGGACACGACGAGGACGAGGACGACGAGGAGGUGUUCGGCAGCAGCGAGGUCUACUUCGAGCUGGAGGAGGACCUCAUUCUGGAUACCGAGGACGCGCUGGCCUUCUACGAGGCGAUUGCCAACCAGGAGCUGGACGAGGACCAGGCGGCGGCCGUCCUGGCCGCGGUGCUGGACGAGAAGAGGACCAAGGAGGGCCGGCCUCGGAAGUGGGCGGAGUCGCGGGAGCUGAAGAAGGCCAUCGCCCGAGACCGCGACUUCUUCGACUCCAAGAGAGCCGGAGGCCGGGCGGCGCCGCGCCCGCCGGCGGGCAUGCAGCGCCUCAGCAUUGCUCGCCUCAAGGAGAGGACGCGGUGCGCCAACUGUGGUCAGAAGGGGCACUGGCGCAAGGAGUGCGCCAACCCGUGCAAGCCGAAGCAGAUCGAGCAGCGGCCCAAGAAGGAGCUCGGGGGGAAGUCGCUCUACGUGGCGGCGAGCUUGCUGGACGAGGGCGACGGCGCCUUCCUCGUCGGAGGACCUCGGAUUCGGGAGCCGUUUCGGAACGUGCUGAUCGGCGAGCCCUGCGACCGGGGCCAGGUGGGCCACGGACGAGCGCUAGCCGACAAGCCUCUGCGAGGCCAGGUGGGACUCGCGGAGGAACGAGGCGAUCCCGAUGACGGAGAGCUGGGGCCAGGUGGGCCUCGUGCGAGGUCGGAGGGGGCAGAUCCCGAUGGCAGAGAGCUGGGGCCAGGUGGGCCUCGUUCGAAGUCGGAGGAGGCGGUCCUCGUCACGUUCAUCCUGGACAUCGAGGGCGACGAGCCGGAGGGCAUGGUGGACACGGCAGCCGGGCAGGCGCUGGUGGGCGAGAAGCAGCUGAAGGUACUGCAGGAGAAGUGCUACAAGAAGGGCUGGCGGAUCCCGGUGAGGAAGACCGACGGCAACAGCAGCGCCAAGGGGAUCGGUGGCCGCUCCAGGGUCGUCGGGGAAGCGAUGGUGCCGGUGGCCAGGGCGGGGAUCUGGUGCCUCAUCCUCUUCAGGGUGAUCGCGGAGGACGUCCCCCUCCUCCUGCCCGUGCGCUGGAUGGAGAGCCUGGGGGCCGUCGUGAACCUGGCCGAGGACAAGAUCACGCUGCGCUUCGAGGGGCGCGACCGCACCGUCAAGCUCACGAGGCAGAAGUCCGGCCAUCGCACCAUGGCGCUGCUGGACGAGAGCCUCCCGGGGGACUUCGACAUUCCUGAGGGGGCCCGGCGCGACUGGCCGGGCCUCGACAAUGACACGUUUCGAGUGUGCAGCAGUGAGGCGAAGCUCCAGUCUGAAGCGAGAGGGGGCCUCGAGGAAGAAUUCAGCACCAGGGACACCCCGCCGAUGGACACCAGCUGGGAGAGGCUGCCGGGAUCCGACAUGGAGUCCGAGGGGAGCGAGCAGACGUCCCUACCGUUGCAGGACAGCGCAGCCUCGACCCGCCCCGCAUCCCCGUCACCGCCCCAGCCGACGUCGGGGCCCCACAUCGGCCUCCAGACGAGCUCCCUGAGGAAGGCCUGGAAGCGGAUGACGGUCAAGCUGAUGCACGUGGCCGACGUGGGACAAGCGACCAAGAUGAUACAGGAGAUGCGCGACGAGGCGACCGGGAAGAUGAACGCCCUGGAGUGCCCUCAUCCACCCUGGGCCCACUGGGAGUCAGGCAACCAGCACAUGCGCUACGUCAAGUGCCUGAGGUGCUCGAGCAUGAUCUGGAGGGGGGACCUCGCGCACCGCGAGAAGCAGGCCCAGCAGCUCAAGAAGAUCGAGAAGGAGGCCCGGCGGGCGGCGAGGGCCAAGCAGGUGGAGACGCCGCCCCGGGAGCCGCCGAAGGUCGAGGGCCGCAGCAAGGAGGGCAUCAAGAGGGCGGCCAGGGCUACUCCAGCGGCGUCGUCCGGUUCGGCCGACACGAUGGUAGAGACGAGCGGCUCCGACCUCAACCAGAUGAUGAAGGCGAUCCAGACCAACAGCGAGGUGGUAUCGCAGCUGGCACUGGCGAUCCAGCAGCUCGUGCAGAAGGAGACCUGA